GAUGAAACGAAAAUCAGUAACAAAGGAAUGUUAAGAAAUGUCAUAAUAAAAUACCGGAAAAUACCAAAAAUAGAAAGAUUUCUUAACAUUUUUUAAAAUAAUUAGAACAUUUUUGCGAAUCUUAUUAGAGACCAAUUUAAGUUAUAAAAACAUUGAGCAGCUACUAAGCCUCCGAAAGAGCAUAGAAAAAUCUUUGGAACAUACAUCAAAUGGCAGUCUCCAGCGACUUUGCCACAUGGCUGAACCUAAAACUGCAAGAGCUAAAUACUGAUGAAUCCGUAUUUGGUUCUUAUAUUUUAGGAAUCUUAGAAGGUGACGAAGCUUAUGAAGAAAAACAUGAAGCACUUGAGGGAAUUUUUAGUGAAAUUUUGUCUGACAAUAUAGAAAGUGUUGUUCAGAGCAUAUUAGAAAAGUGGGAAGAGAGCAAUAAAAAAAUUGAAGAACCUUCAAAGCAGGUGCUAGAUUUAAAGGUGGAAGAACAACUAGUCAAAUUAUUGGAGACAACCAAAGUUCAGGCUGUUGUAAAGGAACGACAUUAUACCGAAGAAGAAAAGAGAAUACGGGAACAAAUUUUGGCACAAUACUCACAGACCGAAGUUUCCGAAGAGGAAUAUGAAGCUGCUCAAUCGGAUGAGGAGGCUGAUAAGCAUGGCAGUAGCAAAUCCUGUGGAUUAGAACGAAACACAAAUUUUUCGGACGUUGUUGCACUGCAAAAGGAAAAAAGAGAACAGGCACGUCUAGAUUCUGCUGCGAAAAAACAAAAAGAUAAGGAAGAUAGAGAGAAACAAAAACAAUUGCGGGAGGAAAAAAAGGAGAAACGUAAAACUGUUAAAGGGGAGCGUAGACGGUAGCAAGUAGGCAUAUUGAAAAAUAACAUUAAAGGUAUUCUUGCUGUAAAAUUCUACCUUCUACUUCCUAUUUUUUGUAGUUUGUAUUUAAUUAAUAAUUUUAUAUAGUUAUAUUUUCCAUUUUCUUAAUAAAUUAUUGUGUUGAAACUAAUAAAAAAA